AUUAACUAUGUUCCCUACAAUUGACCAGGAAAGACACAGUCAGAUGAAUAGAUCAGUUUCAGGAGUCUUAGAUAGAAACAAUGGAUUUCAGAAAAACACGAAAAUCACCACUCCUAAUGGAUUAAAUAAUAGUCAUUCUGGGAUUGAUAAUCUGAAAAGAAAUUUCAAUAUACAUAAUUAGAGGCUUUCAAAUAAAUCCUCCAAAAACUUCAAACGUUACAAUUAACAGAAAUGAUGAUGACUCGAAUUCUUCAGAUGACAACUAUCGUCCUUACGAGUCAAGACCAAUUAUAAAGAGCUCGAAUCGUUAUGCAGCACAGGUUUCUCAAGCAGAGAAUAAUAUGGAUUCUAUAAAGCACUUGAAAUCCCAAAAUUACAAAAAGUACCAACUUGAGGUAAUUGAAGCUCAAAUAGAGCAAAACAGAAUUCAGAAAAUGAACCAGAAGCAGAGAGACCAUGAAGUUGACCUCUUAAUCCUUGGAGAGAACAAGAAACAGAUACAACAGCAAAAAGCAGAAGAUUUCAAGAAGAAAUUACAAAAAUAGUCGGUAUUACCACAUGCUUAAGCAGAAUUAUGAGAUGUUCAAGGAGAAGAAGAAGUCUACUAGAGAAAUAGAGAUCGAUAACAAUGGUUCUAAUACACAAAAGGCUCCUUAUAAGGGCAACAUCUCGCCAACUGGUCAGUGCAAGAAUGGCAACCAGUCAAGUAAUAAUAUCGCUACAUUUAACAGAGGGAUGGUUAAUCUGAACUUGAGUUAUGAACCAACCGUACAGAAAUCGACUAUGAACCUGAGCAAGGAGAGGACAACUACUUAUCUGCCUCAAUCAUGGACUGAAGAGAAGUCGCCUAGAGAGAAGUUAGAGAAUAAGAGAAGGAGCAUCGAAAUGCUUAGAACAGCUCUGCAUGAACAGCUACAGGAAAAAUAAAAAGAUUCAAACACAAGCUAGAAGGAAAGAUGAGUGGUACUUCAGAACAGCAGUCCAAGCAGAUGUCAAUAAUUUAUCAAACGAUGAAUCAAGGAAGAGCUUUGUCAAAAUGAAGGAGAAGAAGAACCUUGAGUUCAUAUGUCUCCAGAUGAAGGAAAGGAGGAAAGAAACUUUAAAACACAAAGGCCAUAUGAAGAUCAGGGUCAAGAUUGAUGAUGAUUAUAGGUCCAGUAAAAGGAUACAGUCAAGAAAUAAAGCCAUACAACAAGCCUUAAGAGGCUUUACACAACAGAGGCCAGCAAGGACAGGAAAUUUUAAUAGGUUGGGAUAA